AGUAUAUAUUAAAAAGAGAACAUUCCAGCCGAGCUCAACGAGGAGCAAGGAGACAAUAAUGUAAAUACACAGAACCCAGUCAAGAUUCUAAAAUCGCUCCAUUUACACAUGCACGUCGCUGAUUGAUUGUUGGAUGCUCACGUGUCUGCCACGUCAUCUUUCAUUUCCUCUUUCCCUCUUAAGAUUUCCGAAACAAAGGUAGUGUUAUUCCCAUUCCCAUUCAAACAAACAAACACAAUUCUUUCUUUCUUUCUUUCUUUCUUUCUCUUUCUCACUUUCUUACUGGGUUUUGAGAUCUCUUUGAGUCAAGUCGCAAGACUGACCCGCCCGACCCAAAAGUAGAAUCUUCAAAUAAUUUCUAUAUUUUUUCUUCGCUGAAUUCAAGGCUUACUGUUCGAGAUUUGCCUUCUAUAAAGCCAAAAUUUAUCUCACUCUCACAUGAACUUCACCACAAUUUCUACAAUACCCACCACCGAGUAAGUAAACUCUUCACAAAUUUCUUCAAUCUCCCGGAUUUUUUCCUUUUUCAUUUUGUAUUUUGAAUGCCAUUUUUGGAAGUUGGGUUUUUGAAGCAUAAAUAAUGUCGUCGUGGGCAGAGCAGAAAACAGAGAAGAAGAGAUGUAAGAUUAGAAAACGAGUGUGUUUAUCCUCGCCUUCUUCUUCCACUUUGGUUCGUAAGUACAGAUUUAAGAAACCCCCCACGUGGAAAAUGAGCACAAAAUCUCACUCUUCCAAGUUAUCCACUGGCGACCUCCCUAACCGGUCGCCGUCGUGCUCACUCGACGGCGGAGGAAAAGGGAAAGAAGGCUCUGUUUCAGUGUCAGCACGGAAAUCGGCGGGGAAUAAUUCUCAGAAGUUGAAGAACAAUUCAGAUGUUGUUGAAGAGAAGAAAGAGUUAAUGAAAACACGGGAAAUGGUUUCGCAGAUCUCGCAUUCGUGUUUAUCAGAUCCGGAUCGGAGUAUGAAGAACACAAAAACAGAGAAAGAUGAGGUUGGGAGAGUACACAGAAGAAGAGGGUCGGCAUCUUCUUUGAGGAUUGGAAUAGGAGAAAUGGUGGGUGGUUCGAAUUUUCAUGGCAAUGACUGUUUAAUGGAGAUAGAAAAUGGUAAUGUGGGAAAGACGACACGUCGUAAGACAAAAUCGACGAUAAAAACACGUUUGAAGGAAGUAAGCAAUUGCCUAACGACAUCAAAGGAGCUUCUAAGAGUUCUACACCAUGUUUUAGGUCACGAAGAACAUCCCCCAUCCUCAACUUCAUCUCUAAUUACAGCUCUGAAAUCAGAGCUGGAUCGAGCCAAGACCCGAGUCGACCAUUUAAUCAAGGACCAAACCUUUCAUGGCGAUGAAAUUGAAGUCCUAAGAAAGCGAUUUGCAGAAGAAAAAGCGGCAUGGAAAUACAGAGAGAGAGCUAGAUUUGGUAGCGCCAUUAGUUCAAUGGCAGAGGAAGUGGAGGUUGAGAAGAAACUUAGAAGACAAGCAGAGAGACUAAACAAAACCAUUGCAAAAGAACUUGCCGAAGCUAAAGUUUCAGUUUCAAAAGCAAUGAAAGAAGUUGAAAGGGAAAAGAGAGCGAAGGAGAUUUUGGAGCAGAUUUGUGAGGAAUUAGCGAAAGGGAUUGGAGAAGACAGAGCAGAAUUCGAGGAACUGAAGAAGGAAUCAGCGAAAGUUAGAGAAGAAGUGGAGAAAGAGAGGGAAAUGCUUCAUUUAGCGGAUGUUUUAAGAGAGGAAAGAGUUCAGAUGAAGCUAUCGGAGGCGAAAUAUCAGUUUGAGGAGAAAAACGCCGCCGUGGAACGGCUGAAACACCAACUACAAGCCUAUUUGGUAACCCAAUUUGGAAAUGAAGAGCAAAACGGCGGCGAGAAUCAAGAGUAUUCUUGCAAUGAAUUUGAGAAAAUCAAGGAGUUGGAGGCUUAUUUGAAGAAAAUAAAUUUUGGGUCAUGUCAAGAUUCUGAAAAAUUGGUAAGGAAAGAAGAAGAAAAUGAAGAUUGUUCAGAUGAGGAGGAGGAAAGUGAUUUGCAUUCAAUUGAGCUCAAUAUGGAUAACAACAACAAGAGUUACAGAUGGAGUUUCGUUCAUGGCGAAAAAGCGGAUAAUAAUCAAAUUCAAAGCAACAAUGGAAGAAAAUCGAUUUCGGAGAAAAUCCAAUGGGGAAGCAUUUGUUUGAAUACGACCAACAAUACCCACCAAGGAAAUUCAAACACAUUUGAUUGGGAUACAUUUUCAGAGCUUUUUACACAGAAACAAUUGGAGGAUCUUCAGGAACUGGAGGCCGAUGAUGAUCAUCAAAUCAAAUCCGUCAAGUGCCUUAGAGAUAUUCUGUUUCCAGAAUUAGAUCAAAAUCAUAAUGGGAUUGCCAAAAUGGAUGAUGAAGCUUCUUCAAUGGUGAGGAAAGGAUGAUGACGAUGAAUAUGCAAAAAUAGAUAUAAAAACUAUUCUCUUUAUUUGUUUUUCCAUUGGGGACUACUUUGCUUAAGAAUAUUUUCUUCUUUUUAUAUAUUAUUCAAUGCUUCCAAGGGGCUAAUUUUAUUGGCUUAAAAGGAAGAAAGAUAGGGAAAUGUAAAUAGAGUUGUAUACAGCCACAUCAGACGUCCAUCAUGUCCUUAUAUAUUCUAUAUUAUAUACCCUUUUACAUCUUUCA